CCGUCGCGCAUCCGACGGCCACUCACCAUCGGCGUCGGGGGAGGCGAAAACAGCGGCUGCAAUUCCGCUUCCAGGUGGAGGGGGAGGAGGCCCGGUUUGUGUGCCACGCCGCCCCACUCCGUCCGUGGUUUGCUACCCAAGAAGACAAGAAGAAGGAAGUGGCGAAACCUCACCCUCCAUCCUCCAUCCUCUCCUUUCUUCCUUCGAGGAGGAGGAGCUAUAUAUAGACGGGGAUGGUUCAUCUAGCCUCCUCACCGGUUUUGAUUUGAUCUGUGUGAUUUGAGUGAGUGAGUGAGAUUCUUUGGAGGAGGGAUUUUGGUUUGGUUUGGUUUGGUGGUUUGUGCGGGAUUUUGUGGGGAGGAGAGUAAUGGCGACCGCAGGGAAGGUGAUCAAGUGCAAAGCGGCGGUGGCAUGGGAGGCCGCGAAGCCGCUGGUGAUCGAGGAGGUGGAGGUGGCGCCGCCGCAGGCCAUGGAGGUGCGCGUCAAGAUCCUCUUCACCUCGCUCUGCCACACCGACGUCUACUUCUGGGAGGCCAAGGGACAGACUCCCGUGUUCCCUCGGAUCUUCGGCCAUGAAGCUGGAGGUAUUGUGGAGAGUGUUGGAGAGGGUGUGACUGAUCUUGCCCCUGGUGACCAUGUUCUCCCUGUGUUCACUGGGGAGUGCAAGGAGUGUGCCCACUGCAAGUCAGCAGAGAGCAACAUGUGUGAUCUGCUCAGGAUCAACACUGACAGGGGUGUGAUGAUUGGUGAUGGCAAAUCACGCUUUUCCAUCAACGGGAAGCCCAUUUACCAUUUCGUCGGGACUUCGACCUUCAGCGAGUACACUGUCAUGCAUGUUGGUUGCGUUGCGAAGAUCAACCCGGCAGCUCCACUUGAUAAAGUUUGCGUUCUUAGCUGUGGUAUUUCUACUGGUCUUGGUGCUACAAUCAAUGUGGCAAAGCCACCAAAGGGUUCGACGGUGGCGAUAUUUGGUCUAGGAGCUGUAGGCCUUGCUGCCGCAGAAGGUGCAAGGAUUGCAGGAGCGUCAAGGAUCAUUGGCAUUGACCUGAACGCCAACAGAUUUGAAGAAGGUAAAAUCCUCUUGAUUUACCAGAUCAUCAGUUUGUUUGAUGGUCUUUUAAAGUCAUCUUAUAUAUUUUGUAUAUCUUCAGCUAGGAAAUUUGGUUGCACUGAAUUUGUGAACCCAAAGGACCAUGACAAGCCAGUUCAGCAGGUACUUGCUGAGAUGACCAAUGGCGGAGUUGACCGCAGCGUUGAAUGCACUGGCAACAUCAACGCCAUGAUCCAAGCAUUUGAAUGUGUUCAUGAUGGCUGGGGUGUUGCUGUUUUGGUCGGCGUGCCACACAAGGACGCCGAGUUCAAGACCCACCCGAUGAACUUCCUGAACGAGAGGACUCUCAAGGGAACCUUCUUCGGCAACUACAAGCCACGCACCGAUCUGCCCAACGUCGUCGAGCUCUACAUGAAGAAGGAGCUGGAGGUGGAGAAGUUCAUCACACACAGCGUGCCGUUCUCGGAGAUCAACACGGCGUUCGACCUGAUGCACAAGGGCGAGGGCAUCCGCUGCAUCAUCCGCAUGGAGAACUGAGGUUUUUCAGGGGAUUAUGGUGUUGGGUAAUAAGAUUGGGCAGCUUGAGCAGCCUGCCUUGGGUGAAUGAUGAUAUACGGUUCUUCUGUGUAUCCUGGGCAAAUUUCUGGCUUUGUCAAUCAGUAAUAGUACGGUAUGAAUUCCAGUGUCUGUAGCUGCAAAGAGUUUGUUAAGAAUCAGUGAUCUUUUGGCGUAAUAUUAUCAUAUAUUUAUACGAGUUUCAGUUCGUCACCC